AACACACCACUAAAUUCUUUACUUUUAUUUUAUAUAACAAUCCGAGAGGAUGAACGCAUUUCAUUUCAGGAGCUUGUUUCGGUAAGCCAAGAUGAGUGGGUUGCAGAAGCCUCACGUUGUGAUGGUGCCAAUCCCAGCGCUGGGUCACCUCAUUCCUUUUCUCGACCUCGCAAAGCUCCUCGCUUCCAACGGCCUCGCCAUCAGUUAUGUCACAACACCUGCUAAUGUCGCCCUGCUGCGGGACUACCUUGAUAUCCAGGCUCUGAACGAUAUUCAGCUUGACCUGGUUGCCCUUCCCACGCCCGCCGUGGAAGGCUUACAAGGACGAGAAAGGUAUGACCUCUUUCCAUUGGAGUCGAGGAGUCUUAUCGUAGAAAUGGUGGAAAAACUUCAACAGCCAUUCAACAAUUGGAUGGAGGAGCAAUUCCACCAACAAAAAGUAACACCUCCUGUGUGUAUUGUGCGUGAUUUAAUUAUAGCAUGGGCUGAAGACACGGCCCAAAAAUUCAACGUUUCCAGUGUUCUGUUCAGUACCUGUGGCGCCUUUGCAGUAAGUCUGCUGCAUUCCAUUUCCUGUUCAAUAUUGCAGAACGCGUUGGAGAAAGACGGAGAGGACAGUCUGGAAGUGAGCUUCAAUCUGCCUCGUCCUGUCAAAUUGUCUAAGCAUGAGGUAUCCCCAGUUUUCCUCAAUCCAGACCUUUCAAACCCCCAUCAGCGUUUUAUUUGUCAACGUUUCCAGGAGAUGGGCAAAGGAUCGGGAAUACUGAUCAAUACGUUCCACGAGAUCGAGACUUUCUAUGUCCAGCACCUGAAAAAUUUAACCGCUAAGCCAGUUUGGGCCAUAGGCCCUGUGUAUCAACAAAAUUUAUCUGGUGGAUCAGGCAAUGUUAACGGCAGAGGGAAAAUGGUGAGCAUCGAUGGACAAGAGCUGGUUUGCUGGCUGGAUUCGCAUAGCCCUCGUUCCGUUGUGUACGUUUCGUUUGGAAGCCACACCAUUUUAUCAGAAGAGCAAACACAUGCCUUGGCCAGAGGUCUGGAAGCCAGCGAACAACCAUUUGUGUGGGUUAUCAAAAUGGAACCAGCAUCUUCAGAGUCAAACACUGACCUCAAUAGCACAUAUCUGCCAGAGGGUUUUCUGGAGCGAACAAAAGAGAGAGGGUUAAUCAUACGCGGUUGGGCGCCUCAGCUUGUAAUUCUUUCUCAUAUAUCGGUGGGUGCCUUCAUAAGCCACUGCGGAUGGAACUCUGUGCUCGAAAGUGUUUGUCUUGGUGUUCCAAUACUCGCAUGGUCCAUGGUUGGAGAUCAGCACUUCAAUUCAAAGCUUUUUGCAGAAUUAGGCGUAGGAAUACAGUUAUGCGAACACGCAGAUGGGAUUCCUAACGAGGAAAGAGUAAAGGAGGCAGUCAUAAUGGCUCUGACAGGAGACAAAGGAGAAGAGAUGAGAGAGCGCGCAGAGAAAUUGAAGGAGACGGCUACAAAUGCCAUCGAACAGAAGGGAUCUUCAGCCAUAGAUUUGAGAGCGUUUGUAACUGAUAUGUAUAAGCUGAACACCAGAUCGACAGAACACAGAGAGAAGCAGAACCGAAUCUCAUGAAUCCAAGUACUAAAUAAGGCUUCUGUAUUGUGGUCCCAAAACUUUUGAUCUAGAUGCUUGUGGGGGCUUGUUCGUUGGCCUCUGCUACCGUUUGUCUCCAGUGGGUUGGGCCGUUUCUGGGCCUAUUGGUCUCCGAAUGGUUGGAGAGGGAUUGCAUGGAUUUCCCUCCCUUCUCUUUUGUUUCUGCGGGUGGAGAUUUUCUGGACCGUGCUUGGACUACGGGUAUGGGUGAGAGCUUGUUUGGGCUCUUUCCGUUGUUGAUACUAGCGUUGCAUAUGUGGAUUGUGGUGGUGUUGGUGGGGGUGUGGGUUUGUUGUCCUGUGUUCAAUGUGUUGAGCUUGGCAUGAAGGCUACUGUUCGUGCUUCCCUUAACCCGUAUUCUGUUGUUGUUUUGGGUGCUUUGCUUGGUGUCUUCGGUGCACUGGUGAUGUUUGGUGGGUGAUUUUGGAAGAAAGGGGGGUGUGUGGAGGGUGCUUCGGUUGGAGACUUCCUCGGGGUUUGACUUGGCUCUUUGCUUCAGGUGGUUUUUCUCCGCCCUUAUGGUGUCUUCUUUCCUGGAUUCUUGUGGACUGUGCAGUGCCUGAUGAUGUUCCUCUGUUGUUGUUAGGGUGUCUUGUGGCUUUCUGCACCAGUCUUGGUCCUGACGGAUUCUUCGGCCUGGUUACAUUGCGACCGUCGAAGAAUCUUUUAAGUUUUACAAUUGCAAUUGAAUACUCUUAUAAUCAGCGAAACAAAUAUCUUGUACCUCCUGA